AUGUCUGAUUCAGAGAAUCUAACAUCGCCACUGGAGUCGUUGUCGCUUGCCGAAAAGACCGAGGGCAAGAAAGAUAUUACUGAAACAGCCGUCGAGGACUCUAUUCCUGCUCAUCUUUCCCAUGACCCUGCAAAAAACGCAAAAACGUCAGAUCCAUUUCAAUUUGGACAGCGAUAUCUGUCCGAAUUCGAUGAUGUUUUCACAUUUAAUGCGUGGGAUCAUGUAGUGCCAGAUGAAGGCCAUUACGAAUACUGUGAGACUCAAUAUGCUGCACAACGUGCAACUCCAGUCUCCGAUUUUGAUCGCAAGCGCUUCAAUGAGCAUCCAGAAAAGUGGUGGGAUCUAUUCUACAAGCAAAAGACUAGUACAUUCUUCAAGGAUCGGAAAUGGUUGUCCCAAGAAUUUCCCGUCCUAAAAGAUCUGACAGACGCGGACGCCGGUCCAAAAGUAAUUCUAGAAGUUGGGGCAGGAGCCGGCAAUACUGCCUUUCCAAUAUUGCGAAUGAACCAAAAUCCUCACCUGAAGCUAUAUGCCGUAGACUACAGCAAGAAAGCUGUUGAGACUAUGAGAGGAGUUGAAGAAUAUUCGCAAUGCAACGGUAUCAUGUCGGCCGACGUCUGGGAUGCAGCUGGUGGACCUUUACCGCCUGGUGUGGAAGAAGGAUCGGUCGAUGUGAUCAUCAUGAUCUUUAUCUUCUCAGCUCUCAAUCCUAAACAGUGGGAACAAACUGUCUGUAACAUUCAUCGGCUACUCAAACCAGGCGGAGAAGUGUUAUUCAGAGAUUACGGCCGAGGCGAUCUUGCACAAGUCCGAUUCAAAGCCGGUAGAUGGAUGGAAGAGAAUUUCUAUGUUCGUGGAGACGGCACUAGAGUAUAUUUCUUUGAGCAAGCAGAAUUGGAGAGCAUCUGGGGCGAGAGAUUCACGAUCAAGGAUCUUGAUGUGGACAGGCGACUGAUCGUCAACCGGCAACGGCGAAUCAAGAUGUACCGAUGUUGGAUCCAAGGGCGGUUUUGCAAGAGAGAGAUCUCGCUCUGA